AUGAUCUGUCGUGCAUUUGGCGUAUUGCUGUAUUUCGCAGCUGUAGCAAUCGCAUUAGACCGUGAUUGCGACGUGAAAGCGGAUUUAUUUUUCGUCAUUGAUGGUUCUGACAGUCUGUCUGACGCCGACUUCGCAGCUAGCAAAGCCUUUAUAAUUCAGGUGUUAAGAGCAUUUGCCGUUGAAAAAGACCGUAUUCACGUGGGGGCCAACGUGUUUGGAACAGACGUCUACGACCGUAUCGAACUUAUGGGCCCAACUUUAGAUUUUAAGAUGAAGUACAGACUUUUUGAAAAACGUAUAGAAACUCUCCAACGGACAAGGUCUGGAACCGCCACUUUUAAAGCUAUCCAAGAAAUGAGGAAGGAGUUCGCUGAUCGAGGUCGCGAUGACGUCACGAAAGUUGGCAUUGUGAUCACGGACGGUAAAUCUGUAAACAUAAAUGCGACUGCGCAACAGGCACGCGCAGCACGUGACGAGGGUAUUAAUAUGAUUGCCAUUGGUGUUGGAGACAACAUCUUUAGACCGGAACUGUACAAUAUUGCCAGCUCGCCCACCUCCGUGUAUGAGACAGACCAGAUAAUGGGUGUGGUCAAGACGAUCCAGGAUGCUGUCAAGGAAUAUAUAUGUAUUGUGAUAACUACUACCAUAUCAACGGAAGCGCCUACCACGCCUGAAAGUGACAGCCUGAAAGACCCAUGUUUGACAGACGGUGUGGUAUCCUAUGAUGUAGAGGAUUUGUGCAGCGGUUACGUUAUGUGUGUCAACAAACGGAGCAUGCGCGCUUGUUGUCAGACAAACCACGCCUACGUUGCUGGAACGGGGUGUGUCUUAGAUCCCACGUGUAUGGACACGUGUGAUGGAGAUGAUAAUCACUUGAUUCAUCCGCUAGAAUGUGAUAGUAUUCCUUUCCCUGGCGAUGAUCGUUACUACAUACAGUAUGAAGGUGAAGGUCAUACCAAUAAGACACGGCCUUGUGCCCCUGGAACAGUCUUCAACGUGGACAGUUGCAUGUGCGAUAAGCAUGAUACAAGGCCUCAGACUGGAAAACUUGACGAUUGCAACCCUACUGCCAACUUCACUUUUGAGAACGGGUUCGAGGACUCGGCAGGACACGCUUACGCCGGCACAGAAUUUGUUGACGUCAUAGACGGACAUGCGCAGUUCAAUGGAAAUGGAAUGGUGAACAUUUAUAGGUUUUCUAUGGACACUUUCGGAAAAAAGCUGGUCCUUCGAAUCCGUUUCCUGCCGGCUGCAUCAGGACAAAGCAAUGAAGCUCUACUGACCAACUGUAUCUCCAGUAAAGGGGAGAGUUCAAGCAUCUCUAUAAGGGUGGUGAGGUCCUCUGUCGUCACUAUGGUCGUCUUCUCAACAGACACAACCCUCGAUACACAGCAAGUUACCAUACCGCUGAGAAAUCCGAAUAUUUGGAAUGAAGCAACAUAUAUCUAUGAUGGCAGUAUGUUGUAUGGUAUAAUUGAUGACGGAACAGAUCCUGUACUGGUGCAGUCGGCACCGCUGAGCGGGGACAUUCUGUUAAGGAAAAGCGGUAUGAUUCUUGGAGCCGGGAGCCAGUUGAACUCUUAUACUGGAGACAUCGACGAGUUCCAACUGUAUAAAUGUUUCCCGGCUUAUGCGCAAGGGUACAGGGCAUGAUGAUAUUGGCAUGUUUCCCGGCUUAUACUUAAGAGUGCAGGAAAUGACAUGGUUGAUUUCGAUAAACAUUAAAGUAAAAUAUUGAGGGCAGUUCGAGUCAAACCUCGACUAAGUAUGACGCUGAAAUCUGAGCGACAAAUCAGCCGAUAUACGAAUAUGUUAUUUCGGUUCAAUUGUGUUAGACAUUGGAGGCUAAUAGCAAAAUAUAAACUUGCCUGCUAUUGGUCCAUUUCAAGAGUGUUCCAAGAAACCAACCAACUGGCGUCCAAAACCAGAUCUAAAUCAUUGGACCCUGGAUUUGAAAUUUAGCACAUAUAAAUUUGUUCCGUUCAAUAGAAUGAUGAAUAGUCCACAAAGAAGGUCUGUAAUUAAAUAAUAUAUUUUCAGUGCUCGAAAUCAACAAUUAGGUAUUUUUUUCUAGCUGAACAUUUUAUUAUUAUUUUACAUUUUAUUAUCCUUUUAAGCUUUUUUUUUUUGAUGUUUUAUAUUUUGAAUGUGUAUACGUACUUCUCAGAUUUUCAGUUUUCUUUAUCUUAUAUUGAUUUUCAAGUUUAAUAUUAUUUUCAUUGAAUUGUAAGGAUUUGAAUAAAUGUUUAACAAGUGUCUGAGUUUCUUAUUUUGGCAACCUAUCUAUCUCUCCAGUGGAACAACAUCUAUAAAUAUUAUUAUUAUACCAGAUUUAUAUAGCGCCCUUUUCGUGAUAAACACGUUCAAACGCGCUUUGUAUACAUAGUGGCAAACACAGCCACACAGGGCGAGAAAUUCAUCCUCUACUAGCACAGACACAGAGCGAUCUGACCAGAGGGACAGAGUGAUAUAUAGCCCCAAGAAAAUUGCGAAUAGACAGUCUGGUUCUUUAACGUGCCCACACACGCGAAGCCGUCUUUCCUGUGAAGAACCAGUACGGGCCUCGUAGUUAGGACGAAGACACUCGAGAGCAAUUUAACAUAACUUUCACAACCUUUCAACUAAGUUCCUGAUUGAAUUGGGAACCAUCCGCGGUGCGAAUCAUAUCCAGCUAUACAUCCUAUAAAGAUAGUAAAG